UCGUCGUCAGACCUUGGUUGUUGGUGGUUGUCGGAUCAAGGCCUAUCUGUAGAGCGACACACAGCGAGCGGAGCGUGACACACACACACACACACGCACACACACAGACACGCCGAGAGAGGGGGACUGGGGGCUAUCGUGUGUCAAUUUCGGUCGAGUCACACGAAUUUCACCGACGCACGUCUCGAUCUACGCACGCACUGUAGGCUAGAUCUCAACCUACAACACGUCUUCUCGUGUACGUGUGUCAUGUGUGCGUGCAGAUUUUGAUCUGUUUCUGUCCCCGUUAUGUAAAGUGAAAAGGAAAGUUACAACCAUUACUACUACACUGUUGCAGAGACUGUUAUAGGUGGACCACAAUAUUCGUUCGUUCGUUCAUUCGUGACAUUCGGUCAGUGUGAAGAAAGUGUUUAACAGUUACGUGUGCCGCGGACCGACUUUCGGGUGUGGAUAAGACGGGGGAGUCGGCAACAUGGGGCCUGAACAAACAAGGGUACCAGUGUCAAAUUUGUAACUGUGCUGUGCACAAGAAAUGUCACGACAAAAUCCUGGGAAAAUGUCCUGGAAAUGCCAAAGACAGCAGAGAAACAAUGAUGCUGACAGAGAGGUUCAACAUCAACGUACCUCACAGGUUCAAGAUCAACAACUACAUGUCUCCGACUUUCUGCGACCACUGCGGCUCCAUGCUCUUUGGACUUUUCCGACAAGGACUCAAGUGUGAAGUUUGCGGCAUCAACUGCCACAAGAAGUGCAAAAAGUUCAUGCCCAACCUGUGCGGCAUCAACCAGAAACUGUUGGCCGAAGCCUUACAGCAAGUCCGCAUCUCUACAACGCCCGACAGGAAGAAGCAACUCCAGACCUCAUCCUCCACAGCCAGUGAGAAGUCUUUGAUAGGAGCAGAUGAGGACGAGGAGGAGGAGAGUGACGACGACUCGAGCUACCAGCAGGUUUGGGAUGUGGACGAUGUUCCCACUGCUCAGGUGCCGGCUGUAGAGAUUCGCAAGUUCAAACCGGAGGAUUUCACGUUCCUCAAGGUCUUGGGAAAAGGAAGCUUCGGCAAAGUGAUGUUGGCGGAGAUGAAAGAGAAUGGCACGUUCUACGCAAUCAAAGCCUUGAGGAAAGACGUGGUGCUGGAGGAUGACGACGUGGAGUGUACCAUGAUAGAGAAGAGGGUCCUCUCCAUCGGCUGCAAGCAUCCCUUCCUCACACACCUGCACAGCACCUUCCAGAGCAAGAGCCAUCUGUUCUUUGUGAUGGAGUACCUCAAUGGGGGUGACCUUAUGUUCCAUAUACAAGUCUCUGGAAAGUUUGAAUUUCAACGAGCUCAAUUCUAUGCAGCAGAAAUAGUUUGUGGCCUUCAGUAUCUACACAAGAAUGGCAUAAUAUACAGGGAUCUCAAACUGGACAAUGUGAUGCUGGACAAGGACGGUCACAUCAAGAUCGCUGACUUUGGUAUGUGUAAGGAGAAGAUCUUUGGUGAGAACAAGGCAACGACUUUCUGUGGCACCCCAGACUACAUCGCUCCAGAGAUCCUGAAAGGAGCCAAGUACAACGCGUCGGUGGACUGGUGGUCGUUCGGGGUGCUGCUGUACGAGAUGCUGAUUGGUCAGUCUCCGUUCCACGGGGAUGACGAGGACGACUUGUUCCACUCCAUCCUCCACGACACGCCCAGGUAUCCGCACGCCACGCCCCGUGAGGCCUCCACUAUGAUGAGUCUGCUCUUUGAGCGCAACCCGCCAGACAGACUGGGCAUGCCCACCUGUGCAGCUGGACCAAUCAACUCGCAGGCUUUCUUCCGCAACAUCGACUGGGAGAAGCUGGAGGCCAGGCAGAUACCUCCUCCUUUCAAGCCAAAGAUCAAAAGCGCCAGUGACAUUUCCAACUUUGACUCUGACUUCACGGCAGAGAAGGCACAGCUGACCCCACCCGACGCAGCGCUCCUGAAAACCAUGAACCAGCACGUCUUCAAACACUUCUCCUUCACCAGCCACGACGCUCUGCGCUCAUGAUGACCAUGAUGUUGUGUAUUGCUCGUUGUACAAAAUCUGUCCUCGUUAAUUAAUUAAAUUAAAUCAUGCAUUAUGAACA